AUGCAGAUGAUUUGGUCAACCACAAAUAGUCUCGGCUGUGCUGUUGGGAGAUGCGGCAAGUCAUACUUUGUAGUAUGUCGCUACUCGCCAGUAGGGAACGUGGUGGAUCAUGUCGUUUACAAAAAAGGAAACCCGUGCACACAAUGUCUUGGAUCGGGAUGUGAUCGAGCCAUGGGACUGUGCUUGUGA